UUUAAUGUAGUAAUCGAUUUUUUAGGACGGUUUCAGGAUUUGUGUCUGUUUAACAAUACCCAGCAUUCACAGGUGAUUUGCUAGAUUUAUUUGCAGGCUUAUUGCAGGUGGUUGUCAUUAAGGGUGUUUGUAAUGUGUGUGUGCAAAGACUUUCUCAGGUGAUCUUAAUGAUGGUCGUGCUGCUGGCUCAGCCCUUCUCAUCCCCUCUGUUCUGGGACAUGAUGUAACACCAGCUGAUUUUCAGUCUUUCUGCUCAGUGGUUCUGAAUGAGAUCAAUUCGUCGUCUGCAUUAGAUGCUGAAGAGCGAAAAAGGGGAAAUUUAUAUGGCAGCAGCAAUGCUUGGGUAGGCAGCCAGAGAGCUGGUGGAUGCAGGACUUAACAGAUAACAUGACCUUGAGAGUAGAACCUCAUCUUUGUGUUUUUCUUAAAGUACAUUCUAGGUUUUUUGAGUGUAGGUGAGUUUGUUUGUUUUGCUUCUCCAGCAUUGCUCCGAGUUGCUUGUUGCCAUAGAGCUUACUUAAAUUUACAGUGAAACAGCCAUGAAAUAAUGCGAAGAAAUCUCUCAAGCUAUUUUAAUGUGAAGUUCAGUCUGGAAAUUUGUCGAGCAGAUCUGUAAGUUGUAUGAAAUACCACCAAGUCAGGGUAGUAAGAGAACUUUUAAAUAAGGAAAGCAUAUUUUCUCUUGGAUUAGUGGGAGGAAAGGUGUAUGAAAGCAAAAGGGUCUGACUUGGGUUUCAAAAGAGAAGUAAUAAGAUACAGAAGACCAGCCGGCUGUUGGAAUCAGGUCUGCUUGAGCUAUAGCUUUGGUUCUGCAUCAUCUAACACUGCAGGGCACAGCUUGUUCUCCCGUGGCAGAGGACACCUUGGGGCUGUAGAAGAGGUGUGCUGGAAGCAUUGAAGCUGAAGUGCAAAUGAAGAAUGACCUCAAAACUUUUCAAAAGCUUUCCAGCUUGCUAUGCGGAUGGAGCAAUCUUAAGAUCACUUUGGCCCAGCUCUGAAGUUUUGAGCAUCUGCAGUGAUGCCGGCACCUGUGGGAGCUGCUGUUCAGGAAAACGAGAUUAAGUCACUAACUGCAGAAAUUGAGCAUCUGAAGAACUUUGGGUGCUUGGGAGUCUCCCCAAGUUUGGAAGGCUUGCGAGACGAAAACGCGAAACUGAAGUAUCGGUUGAAUUUCCUUCAGAAGAGCCUUCAAGAGGAACAAAGUAAAACAGUGAAAAGCAUGAUUAAUAUCAACAGCCGUCUUCAGGAGAUCUUUGGAGCUGCCAUUCAGGCUGCCUACCCAGAGUUAGAAAACCCUCCACUAGUGGUGACACCGAGCCAGCAGCCCAAAUUUGGGGAUUAUCAGUGCAACAGCGCCAUGGGCAUAACACAGAUACUGCUCAAAACCAGGGAACAGAAGGUUAGUCCGAGAGAGAUUGCCGAGAAAAUAACAGAGCAUAUUCCUGUGAACGAAUGCAUUGAGAAGGUUGAAAUUGCUGGUCCUGGUUUUAUCAACGUCCAUCUGCGGAAGGAUUUCGUAUCAAAGCAGCUGAGCAGUUUAUUAAUGAAUGGAGUUCAACCACCAGCUAUUGGCAAAAGGAAAAGGGUGAUACUGGAUUUCUCCUCCCCUAACAUUGCGAAGGAGAUGCAUGUUGGUCACCUGCGGUCCACCAUCAUUGGAGAAAGUAUGUGCCGCCUCUUCGAGUUUGCAGGUUAUGAUGUGUUGAGGUUAAACCAUUUAGGAGACUGGGGCACCCAGUUUGGAAUGCUCAUUGCUCACCUGCAAGACAAAUUUCCAGAUUACUUAACUGUUUCUCCUCCCAUUGGGGAUCUCCAAGCUUUUUACAAGGAAUCCAAGAGGAGAUUUGACACAGAGGAGGAAUUUAAGAAACGAGCCUACCAAUGUGUGGUGCUGCUGCAGAGCAAAGACCCUGACUUCAUUAAAGCGUGGGAGCUGAUCUGUGACGUGUCUCGGAAAGAGUUCCAGAAAAUCUACAACUGCUUGGACGUCACGCUCACAGAGAGAGGGGAGUCGUUCUACCAAGAUAUGAUGAAAGACAUCGUGAAAGAAUUUGAAGAUAAAGGCUUUGUCCAGGUGGAUGAUGGCCGGAAGGUGGUCUUUGUCCCAGGUUUCUCUGUCCCGCUGACAAUCGUGAAGUCAGAUGGAGGUUACACAUAUGACACGUCUGACUUGGCUGCACUUAGACACAGGCUGCUUGAAGAGAAGGGUGAUAUCCUUAUCUAUGUUGUCGACAGUGGCCAGUCGGUGCAUUUGCAAACAGUGUUUGCAGCUGGGCAGAUGAUUGGCUGGUAUGACCCCAAAGUAACCAGAAUCACUCACGCUGCAUUCGGAGUGGUGUUGGGAGAAGACAAGAAGAAGUUCAAAACUCGUUCAGGGGAUACAGUGCGUCUUAUGGAUCUUCUGGAGGAGGGGCUGAAACGGGCCAUGGACAAGCUGAAAGACAAGGAACGGGACAAGGUCCUCACACCAGAAGAGCUGAAAGCUGCCCAGAUGUCAGUCGCUUUUGGAUGCAUUAAGUAUGCAGAUCUCUCCCACAACAGACUAAAUGACUACGUGUUCUCCUUUGACAAGAUGCUGGAUGACCGAGGAAAUACAGCUGCUUAUUUGCUGUAUGCCUUCACGCGGAUCAGGGCUAUUGCUCGUCUCGCCAAUAUUGAUGAGGAGAUGCUGCGGAAGGCAGCAAGGGAGGAGGCACUUGUCCUUGACCAUGAGAAGGAGUGGAAACUGGGCAAGUGCAUCAUGAGGUUCCCAGAAAUUCUGCAGAAGAUCCUGGAUGAUCUGUUAUUGCAUACCCUCUGUGAUUACCUUUAUGAGCUGGCCACCACCUUCACUGAGUUUUACGACAACUGCUACUGUGUUGAGAAGGACAGGCAGACUGGCCAGAUUGUGAAGGUGAAUAUGUGGAGGUUGCUGCUGUGUGAGGCCACAGCCACCAUCAUGGCCAAGGGUUUUGACAUCCUGGGAAUUAAGCCGGUGGAGAGAAUGUAACAAACUUGUUCCCUGUGGGGUAACAAUAAAAGGACUGACUGCC